UUCGUAUUUACCAUUAAGCACCGACGUAUUUUACCGUAACGACUUGUGGCCUGUCGUGUAUUUCGACAUUAUUAUUUAAUAUUUAUUGUACAUGUGCGUCCGGUGUUCCUGUCCGACGACUGCAACUCCCGACUUUUAGCUGUGGAUGAUAUCGUACAAACAUUAGCUUACCAAAAUGGAUCAAGAUGAUAUUGUUUGGUCAAUUAUAAAAGAUACAUUUUGUUCAUUCAAAAUCAAGACGGACACUUCAAAUUUUUGCCGAAAUGAAUAUAAUUUAUCGGGUUUGUGCAAUCGCACUCACUGCCCAUUGGCUAAUAGCAGAUAUGCUACUGUUAGAGAAGAGAAGGGUAUUAUAUAUCUUUUCUUAAAAACUGCUGAAAGAUCCGUUUAUCCAAAAAGACAGUGGGAAAAGAUUAAAUUAUCAAGAAAUUUCCAAAAAGCUAUACAACAAAUGAAUGAACACAUGCUGUAUUGGCCAGGUCCAUUAAAGUCUAUGUGUAAACAGCGUUUUGUACGAAUUACUCAAUAUUUAAUUCGAAUGAGAAAACUCAAACUUAAAACUCAGAAAGAAUUAGUUUCAUUGCCAAGAAAAGUGGAAAGACGAGUUAAAAGAAGGGAAUAUAAAGCUGAAAUUGCUGCUCGUCUUGAUAAUGUUAUUGAGAAAGAAUUGGUUGAAAGACUCAAGAAAGGAACUUAUGGUGAUAUGUAUAAUAUUAAUCAACAAGCAUUCGAAAAAGCACUUGAGAAAGAAGGUGAAGAAGAUGAAGAUAAUGAUGAUGCUGAUGAGUACACUGUAGGAGAAGAUGAGUCUGAGAUUGGAGAUGAUAAUGAUGAGAUGUUCGACAGUGAUAUAGAAGAUGGUGAUGAUGUAUCUGAUUAUGUUUGUUCUGAUGGGGAAGAAGAAGAAAUGGAAGAUAUUGAGGAUGUCGCCGCUAAGAAAAUCAAAAAAGUAAUCAAACCCAAAGGCAGACCUCAUGUGGAAAUUGAAUACGAAAAUGAAUUAAAUACAAAUUAAAUAAUAAUAUUGUCAUUUGAACUACAUGUCAUUUGAACUUCCAAAGACAAUUCUUAAUUUUGUUGUUAAAAAUUGUGUUUUACUGAAUUUUUAUAACUAAUAAAUCAAGUAUAAAAAUUA